AUUUUAAUGACACACGUGAGAAGGACUUGAUAGCGUGGUUAAUAAAUUAAUUUUCAUUCCGAAGUAAAUUUCUCGAGCAAGUUUUGUCAAUAAUAUCCUAUGAGUUGUUACAUUGAAGAACCUUUAUUUGAUAUUCCUUUCUGUAGAGUAGAUGAAGCUUAUCUUCCUACUACAAAUCCUUGGAUUGUAAAACAAACUCAAUCAGAUUUGACAGGAGUUAUUGCAAAGGCAGAUGUUUUGUGCCCUGGAAAGAUUAAAAAAAGAGAGAAAUAUACUAACAAAUUGGAAAAACAGCUCAUAUCAAUAGGAGUAAAUUUGACUGAAGAUUCUGCCAACACAAUAAUAAAGUCAACGAUCAUGUCUGAUGAAGAUAAUUUCAAUAACUGGGACCCAAUGAAAAUAUCAUACGAACAAAAGCAUUUCAAUUCCUACAAGGAGCAGAAAUAUGACGAUAAUCCAGUUGAAAGACAUUGCCCUACCAAGAGUUUAGAUGGUUCUGAAAAAAUAUCUCCUACUAAAUGUGGCGUAGACGAAGUGCGACUUCAUGUAUACAACAUUCCUUUAUCAAUGACUGAGGAAGGUCUUACGAACUUAUUUUCUUCAGUCGGAAAUUGUUACAAUGUGAAAAGAUCAAAUUCAAUUUCUAACAAAAAUACUACUUACGGCUUUGUUUCUUACCGUAAUGUGCGAGAUGCUGAAGCUGCUAUCUCAAAAUUUAACGGAUUUGUUUUUGGUGGCAAGUACACAUUAGGUGUAAAGUUAUCUACUGGAAGAAACAACCAAUCAAUGAAUAAAGAAAAAAUUUUAUGGGGUGAUAGCGGUCUAGAUGGAUUAAGUUCUGGUGAAAGCCAUGAUCAAGAAGCAAGUAAGAAUACGACUCUUUCUGGUGACUCAUCAACAGAAUUCUCCAAAAACACUGGUCUCUCAAAAAAUACAACUGAAUUGAUUAAAAAUGAAAGCACUCGGUUACAUAUACAAGGUCUUGACGUUUCUACAAAUAAAAAUGAUUUGCAUGAGUUAUUUAAAGAUAUUGGUCCAAUAUAUAAUAUUAAAGUUGUUCCACCAAAGAAACCUGGCCAAUAUUCAACAUAUGGGUUUGUAACCAUGGAUUCUGUUGAGAUGGCUAGUUCGGCUAUUCAGAUAUUGAAUAACAGCAUAUUUAAAGGGAAAAAAUUAUAUGUGUCACCUGCUAACCCAAAUGUACAAAGUUUUAAAGUAAACAAGAAUGAAGAUGAAGUUUUUUAUGAUAAACUUUAUGAUGAUUCAGUUUGGGGUUGUGAUAAUAAAAAUAAUGAAGACCAAAAGAGUACUGAAAUUGUAGCAACAUCUAUGUAUCAUCAAUGUGAAGCUCAAUUAAAUGCACCUAAUAAAAUAUUGCCACAUGAUAGUUUAGAAAUUAAAAAAAUGAACCAUAUUCAUUCUGACACUUUUCACCAAUUGAUGCUCUCAGAAUUGUCAACAAGUUCAUUUCCUGAUUCAACAGAAUUUGAAGUCUGUUUUACAGAAAUUGUAUCUCCUGCACUUAUGUAUGCACAGAUAUUAGACGAUAAUACACUUGCUGCUUUACAAGAAGUUACUCUAAGGUUGCAAGAAAUUGAUAAAAUACAAGAUUUUACUUUGUUAAAACCUAAAAUUGAUCAGAUUUGUUGUGCAAAGUAUAAUGCUGAUAAUCAAUGGUAUCGUGCCAGUAUUAUAUGUUAUAAUACAGAUUUGAUGGCUACAGUAAAUUUCAUUGAUUUUGGAAAUCAAGCUGAUGUAGAAAUAAAAAACAUUCGUUGUAUUGACAAGCAGCUCCUUAGCUAUCCAAUACUUGCUUCAGUGUUUUGUUUGGAAGGUAUAGAAAGUACAUCAGAGAAUGGUGUCUGGGGUAAUGAUGUUGUUGAAUUUAUGGCUUUGUCAUUACUUAAUCAAGCUAUAAAAGUUAAAUGUUUGAGCAUUUCCAAUAAUAAAAUGACUUGUGAAGUUGAGUUACCUGAUGGCAGUUGUUUGUCACAAAAACUUAUUGCGAAAGGGUUUGCUAAAAGAAAAUCUUUUGAAGAGAUCAGUCAUAAAGAAACUUCUUUAAAAAAAACAACUCCAAAUGAUUCAUUUAAAAUCAAUUUAUUUCAACAUUACACUGUAAAGGAUAUUACUUUUUACUCUCCUUCCAGCUCAAACCUUGAUUUGUUAAUUACUCAUGUAGAAAGUCCUUAUUUUUUUUAUGGUAGAGUUGCUGAUAUAUCUCUUAAUGAAACUAUUGCAAAUAUAUCGGUAGAAUUAUAUGAACUUUACUCUAAUUCAGUUAAUAAUAGCAAUCACAAACCUGUAGAAGGAGAUGUUUGUGCUGGAUUUUAUGCCGAGUAUGGUGAAUGGUACAGAAUUUUAGUUUUAGCUGUUUAUUCAGAAACGGUUGUUGCAUUUUUAAUUGAUUAUGGUGAUGUUGUGGUAAUUCCUUUUGAUGGAUUGAGACUUUUACCUCCAAGAUAUAUAUCAUUGCCAUCACAAGCAAUUGCAUUGCGGUUAAAUAAUAUUAAACCUAAAAUAUUUCAAUGUGAAGAAGAAAAUUAUCCUGAGGCUGACACAUGGAAUACAGAAGCUGUUGAAGUUUUUAAAGAUCUGGUUUUGUUUAAAAAAGUCUCUGUUGAAAUAGUUUCUGAAGUAGAUGUUUCUAAAGAGAAAGCUACUAAAAUAAGUCUUACAUAUGUUAAAACUUUUGCUAAUGUACAUAUAAAAAUUAAUGACUCCGAUGUUGCAUCUGUUUUACUUUCUAGAAAUUUAGCUUGUCCUAAAGAGAAAAAAACGGUAAAUAUUACACAAAAUAUUACCCAAGAUACCAGCAAAAGUCAAGAAUCAAAAUGCAUUUUAAAAAGGGUAAUGUAUAAUGACCUCCCUAAAAUAGAUUUUCCAGUUGAAACUUUUUCAUUGCUAAUUGUAAAUACUGAUAGCCCAUCAAAGUUUCAUGGACAAAUUCCUGAUAUAGAUCUUAUUAAGGAUCUUGAUUUGAUGUCUCAAGAUAUGACAUCAUAUUAUAGUGACGAUAUUUUGGAGUAUAUACCUAUUGUUGGUGAAGUCUGUGCGGUUUUUUUUAUAACAUAUGAACAGUAUUUUCGUGCACGUAUUGACUAUAUAGGAAAAUCUGAAAUUAAAGUAACAUCAAUUGAUUAUGGUAAUACUCAAACUGUUGCCCUCGGAGAUGUAAAGCCUCUUCCACUUAAGUAUUCUAUAAUUCCAUGUCAAGCUUAUUCCCUUUCACUUUAUGGCAUUGUCGAGUUACAUGGUAAUAGUUGGUCUGAAGAAUGCUGCAGGUUUUUUAUGGAGUGUUGCAUAAACAGUAAGGUUGACAUUACUAUUAAGGAGAAAACAAAUGAUGUAUGUUAUGUAGAUAUGUCUUCAAAUAAUGUAUCAUCCUUUUCAAAGUUGUUGAUAGACAAAGGCUAUGCUAAACGUUCAGAUGAAGUUUGCGAAAGUGAAAGUAAACCGUUGGAUUUAUUAGAUAAGACAUAUACAAAAGAAGUAAUUGAAAACAAUAUAAGUAAGACUGAAAUAGAUGAAAAGCCUUUAAAAACAUAUGAUUCACCGAGAGACUUACAUGAGACUUUAGUGCUACAAUCUGAAGAAUCGCUCAAUAAAAGAAUAUUAGACCCAUAUACUAAGUUACCCUUGUUUACUUUACCUGAGAAAUUUGAUAUUUUAGUUUGUCAUAUUGAAAGUUUGGAAUGUUUUUAUUCACAAGUUUGUGAUAAUGAACUUCUAACAAAGAACUAUGAGAUGCAAUUAGAAAUGUAUGAUCACUGCCAGUUAAGUGAAAUCAAAUCCUAUUUACCAAAAAAUGGAGAGCUAUGUUUUGGAUAUUUAGAUGAAGCUUGGUAUCGUGUCUAUGUUAAAUAUGUUAGUAAUUCAUCAGCAAAUGUAUUUUUCAUUGACUAUGGGAACUGCUGUGAUCUGUCGUUUUCAAUGUUGCGACCUUUUACUAACACUUUUUUAAAGUUUCCUUCCUUGGCUAUACCAAUGAAACUUUACAAUCCAAAAAAUGUUAAACCUUAUGCUAGCGUUAUAGAAGAGUUUAGAAAAAGGACGGAAAAUAGAAGGUGUUCUGCUGCUGUCAAAAGUGUUUUAAGUGAUGGGUUUUUAGAAGUAGAUAUAAUAGAUGAUUCUUUUGUUGAUGUUAUGUCUGUAUUAGUUUUAACAGAAGCAUCUGAAGCAUCUUCAUCAGAAAUAUCUGAAGCUCUAAAUGAUAAUCAAACUGAUGUUUGCGAUAUUUUAUCCAAACCUGAUGAACGUUUGCCUAAAAAGUUUAACGAUGCGAAUACAACUCUAGAAUCAACAGUAAACGAUGUAAUGCAUAAUGGCGGGGAAUCUAAGGUCUUAACAGCAAACAACUUUACGGUUUCAAAUCUUCCACGGCGUGAACAUCCAUUAGAGUCUGUGUCGUUUAAAAUGCGCCUAUCAUUUUUACCGAUCUCAAAUAAAGCUGUUAUUAUCUCAAUAACUCAUAUUGAAUCGCCUUACUUAAUUUAUGGAUUAAGAUUAGAUUCUCUCGAUGUAGUUAAGAAUCUUUCAGAAAAAAUUUCUUAUUUGGUAGAAGAGAGUAAUGAAACUUUACAUUUAAAAGCUGGUGCAUUAUGUUGUGUUCAGAAAGAUGGAAAAUGGUUUCGAUGUGUUGCAUGUAGCGUAGAUAGUUACAAGGUUGUAGUAUUUUGCAUAGAUUAUGGAUUUACGUUAGUUGUUAAUCAUAACUGCAUUCGUCCGUUUUUCAAAGAGCUCAAAGAUUACGCAGCGCAAGUUAUACCAAUUAAAUUGAUGUUUGUUAAGCCAGUAAAUGAAGAUCAAGAUUGGUCAGAUAGCGCUAUAUUCAAGUUUAAAAGUAUUGUAAAUAAUCAAAAUGUUAAAGUUAUAUCGAAGCAAAAUCAAGGUGUAUUUUCAAUCGUGAAAAUGAAACUAAUGAACGAUAACGAGUCUGUUGAAUUACUUAUGGAGAAAAUGGGUAUAGCUGUAUUAAACUCGUUUGUUACGGAAGCUGAAAACUCAAGUGGUGAAUAUAUUAAAAAAGAAGUUAUUCCUUUUUCUGACAUUUACAAGAAAGUUAUGUAUGAGACAAUUCCACAAGAUGAGUUUAAAGCUAUAGUCAUUUAUGCGGUCAGUCCUCGAAUCUUUUAUGUACAAAUCUUUGAUAAUGAAAAAAUUGCUAAAGUCGACGAAAUAAGCGUUAAACUUCAUGAGUUAUAUGAUAAUGAUGAAAGAGAACUUGAAUUUUGUCCAGGCCAGCUAUGUUCAGUCAAGUAUCGUGAUCAAUUAUGGUAUCGUGGUUACAUCAUUAGUAUUUCCGAUGAUUUUGUUAUUUAUCUUAUCGAUUAUGGUAUAAAAGCAAAUAUCAAAAGAAAAAACAUAAAACCGUUACCUGAAGAGUUGCAGAAAUAUCCUGCUCAAGCUUUGGUUAUGCAAAUUAAUAAUUUAAUUCCAUCAAGAUCGGCUGAUUCUUUUAACCGUGAUGCAAUACUUGCAUUUAGAUCGUUGACCGAAGGCCGUUUAGUAAGGGUUCGAUAUAUCACUUCAAUUGGAUACCGUCAUCGUGUUGAUAUCAUUGACGAUAUUUCCAACGAUAAUAUUGGAUUAAAGCUGGUACAAAAGGGUUUAGCUGAUUAUAAAAGUAUUGCACAGACACCUUCAAUGAGGUCGCCUGAGAAAGGACUAACUUAUAGAACAUUAAGAGAUAUGCGACAUAAUGUGGUUAAACAGUAUAACUCAAUCGGACAGUCAAACCAACAAAAACAGUCUUAUCAACAAAAAAAUUGCUCUCAUAAUGAUGAGUAUUGCGCGGAUAAUACACUCUAUCGUGAACAUCGUACAUGCUCUAGCACACCGCUUGCUCGGCUGAUUUCUUCAACAGAGGACGGGAAACUUCGAUAUCCUCGUAACAAAUGCGAAGAAAAGUAUAGUCUAUCAAACGGUAAAGACAGUGGAAGUACUUAUAACUGUGCUAAUGGUGUGGCGUAAUAGUUUCGAGACCAUUAACUUGUUUUUUUGAAAGUUGUAAAAUAAGAAAAAUAAGUAACUUUUACGUUUUUGAAUUAUCUGUAUAUCCGCAUAUCUGUAUAUGUUAGUCUGCAGAAUUUUUUUAAUGCAGCUAUUUUAUAAACAUAGUAA